AUGAAAGACAUCUCUUAUAAGGGUCUGAAUAUUAAUCCCACCGAAUUGGAAACACCUUCGUUAACAAAUCAUGCGGAAGUCCAUGAUUUUUAUUGGACAAAGAACAAACAAUUUCAUAAUGCAAGGAGAUUAGCGAUGAUUAAAAAAUACCCAGAAAUAACCAAGUUAAUGGGACCCGAACCAUUAACCAAGUAUAUUGUCCUCAUGGUUGUUUUAACCCAAACUUUCAUCGCAAUUGCCUUUAAAAAUACAAAUUUUUGGAACUGGAAAUUUUUAAUGGUUGCUUGGUGUAUCGGGGGCUCAUUGAAUCAAAACUGUUUCUUAGCCAUUCACGAAUUGAGUCAUAACUUAGCUUUUAAAAAACCAAUAUUUAACAAAGCUUUGUCUAUAAUUGCUGGGCUACCCAGUGGUGUUCCAGUGAGUGGAUCUUUUAAUCCUUAUCAUCAAUUACACCACAAAUUUUUAGGGGAUGAGAUUUACGAUACAGAUGUUCCUACGAAAUUUGAAGCCAAAGUCUUGUCAAAUUUUGGUGGCAAACUAUUUUUCCUAACUUUUCAGAUAUUGUUUUAUGCGUUAAGACCUGGCUUUCUUACAAGCGUUCCUAUCACUCUGUUCCAAGUAUUUAAUGUGUUGGCAUGUAUUUGUUAUGAUUUACUUAUGACCUUUAAAUGGGGAAGUUUCAAUUCUUUUGCAUAUUUGAUUAUAUCUUCUUUAUUUGCUGGAUGUUUCCACCCAACUAGUGGUCAUUUUAUUGCAGAACAUUAUUUAUUUGACGAGGCCGAAGCAAUAAAGGGUGGUGUACAAGCAUUAAAAUUCACUGAACCAGAUUCAGUUCUAGAGGAUGCUAAGAAAGAUUAUUUGGAAAAUUAUAGGCCACAAUAUGCUAUGGAAACUUUUUCGUAUUACGGUCCUUGGAAUAUUUUUGUUUGGAAUGCCGGCUGGCAUCUAGAGCAUCAUGAUUUUCCAUAUAUUGCUUGGACAAGGGUCAAUAAACUUCAUGAAAUCGCUCCAGAGUUUUAUCUAGGUUUACCACAUCACACAAGCUGGGUUAAAGUUUUAUGGGAUUUUUUAUUUACAAAAGAUGUCACUCUGUAUAGUAGAGUUAAAAGGGUGAACUAUGAAAAAAGAGCGAUGAAAAAGAAAAAUUAG